AUGGGGACUGUUGGAACAGCACAGCUGUGCUGGGCGAUCCUGGGCUUCCUUCUUCUCCAAGGCCACAACUUCCAGCCCACAACAACCCAGCCCACUAGCCCUCGGGGUAAGAUCAAAUACACAAGGCCUACUCCAGGAAACUUCAAUAGUCUAAGCCUGACCAUAGAGACAACUUCUCCCAACACAGAACCUCCAAAGAAGGCCUCAGAAACCCCCAUUACUACACAUCAAACCACCACUCUGAGGUCAAACAUCAUGGGUGGCCAAUCCUCACCCUCAGUGGGCCUACGCUGGUCCCAGCCACAGAAGCACACAUCAGGACUUGGUGAGUGCCCAAGUUCAGGGCAGGCAGUGGAGGUAAAGGACACCAGGUUCUAUCUGGGCAAGUCCCAAAAUAUCACUCCAGAAUCUACCACCAUGAGCCUGAAUUCAGGGGAACCCCUGACCAUCCUACCCAGCCCCACAUCAGAGUCGGUGCUCACCGUGGCUGCAUUUGGAGUCAUCAGCUUCAUUGUCAUUCUAGUGGUUGUGGUGAUCAUCCUUGUCAGUGUGGUCAGUCUAAGGUUUAAGUGCAGGAAAAACAAGGAGUCUGAAGAUCCUCAGAAACCAGGGAGUUCAGGGAUAUCUGAAAGUGGCUCCACAGCCAAUGGUGCAAAAGACAGCAUCACCCUCAUCUCCAUGAAGAAUAUCAACAUGAACAACAGCAAAGGAUGCUCCUCAGCAGAGAAGAUGUGGGAAAACUGA